GUCCAUGCAAAAUGCCAGAGCCGCCGCCUUAAGUUUAACGCCUGAGCUUUGGAAAGGCAGAUUGCAUGACUCAAUGGACGAGAACUCCAGCAAAAUAGAAAAGCGGAGGCGAUGCGGAUUAAGGGCGAUUGCAAGCUUCUGCCUGACGUCUGCUGGCAGGCCUCCAUGAGCUCAGCGCACGCUGAAUGUAGAAUACAGCCACCAUGGCUCAGACUGCAGAAGCUGCCCGUCUUGGCAUCGUUGAGCCCGAGCGACAUACGAAUGAAGCCUCUCCUCCGGUCCCAGUAAUAUCCGACCCCGACCUGCCCAGCUCAAUCCAUGCGAAAGAUGCUGACGUCAGCAGCAUGGCUUCGAAAGGGACUGGAGAAGAAGGCUUGGGCGCAAAAGAUGGGGUGUUGCCAAGCCCACAAGCAUCGGUGGCCACCCCUGACAGGACUGCUGAAAGCAGUACGGCGGAGAAGAGGGGCAGUGGAGGAGAAGAUAUCAGCGGUGGCCCAAAAAGCGAGGCGGCAACCUGCAGGCAUGCGCAAAAAGGCGCGCUACCUAAUGCCAUCAAGGCAAAGGUGGCCAAGUUGAAAGCGCCGUACUCCUGCGAUGAGUGCGAAAAGGCGAGGGUGGUGCGUCCAAAAGGAGGAAAGAAGGGGGCGGGGAAAGGGGGUGGGAAGGGAAAAGGAGCGCCAGCAACUCCUGAACGCACGACCAAGUCCCCCCCCGCCAAGGAGCUGUGGCUCUGUCUCGCCUGUGCCGCUGUCUGUUGCUCCUCUUCCGAGGGGGUAACCAAGGCCACCGGGAAGGCCCCCCCCAAACCAGGCACCGCAGCGCCCCCCCCACUGCUCAGCCACGUGAAGAACCACGCCCAGCACAAGCAGCACGCACUCUUCCUGAACCUUGGAACCCUGGAUUGCUGGUGCACAAAAUGUGGCAAGGGGGGCGCGUUUGUAGACUACAGCAGGACAGACGAGGGUGUGGGGUCCGAGGGCGAUGCGGCGGGGGAGAGCGUCUUGGGGGUCAGUGUGCAUGCGGACGCUGACGUCAGCGACGCCGUCAGCCAGCACCGCUGCAUCGCGGAGUGCGCCGCUCUGGUGCGGGAGAGCCAGGGAGGCCCUGUUUUGCGCGCGUCCGGCAGCGGCAAGGGGGGCAGCACGUUGAGCGAUCUUUCCGGCAAGGCCUCCUUUGCGGCUGACGCAGAAAGUGGGGAGGAAGACGCUGGGGGGCAGGACAAUCUGUCGGCCGGGGAAAGGAGAGUCGUCGGGUUUUCAAACCUUGGCAACACCUGUUUCUUCAACUCGGUGCUUCAGAACCUGGUUGCCGUGCGGCCGCUCCAGGACUUUUUUCAGGGAGGCGGGAGCGAUGGCGAAAGCAACCCCCGCUUGGAGGGGCCGCUGACAACCGCCCUGCGAGGCCUGUACACCGACCUCGGGAGACUCUCCUCAGCCGGGGGGGCAGCUUCAGGGGGUGUUGCAUCCCCCGAGAAAGGAUUCAAGGGGAAAAAAGUGCUCGGGAAGAAAGGAACGCGUGGAAAGGGGGGCCCCCGGCCGGCAGCAUACAGCCCCUCGAGGCUGUUCCAGGCGGUUUGCGCGAAGGCGUCGAGGUUUAAGGGGUUUGAGCAGCAGGAUGCGCACGAGCUGCUGCGCUACCUGCUGGAUGGAUUGGACGGGGAGGAGCUGAUCGCUCGAAAGCGGACGGCGAAAACGAAACGGGGGGGUGAAGAGGGCAGCGCGAAGGGGGGCCUGGUUGUGAUCCGAAAAGCGCGGGGCCAAGGAAUCUCUGUAGAGGAGGGCAGCGGAGACUUGAAGACUUUGAGCGAAAGCGGGGAUGCUGAGGGGAGUGAAAAGAGGGUUUUGGAGAAGCAGGAGAAAGCGAAUGCUUUAGACGGGAAUAUUGAAACUAAUGGGUCCUCCCAAGGAGCUUCGCCUGCGGAAGGAAACGGCAGGGGGGGUGAGAAUGACAGUGCAAAUCGGCCGGAGCCGGAAUGGGGCAAUGGUGCGGCAGCGGUGCAUUGUUCCGAAAACGGGGGAGGGAGAGGACUGUGGUCAGGAAACAGUCCUGGGGGGGCUGCUGCACGUCUGGAACCAGAAACGGAUAACCCCGGCGAAGGAGGGGGGGAGGCCGCAGGCGGGUUGGUGGAAAACGGUAGGGAGAAGCGACCGGAGAGUCACGUGACCUCAGCGCACGGGGACUUGCGAGGCGAGUCUAACGGAGGAAACCCGCCGUCCGCUUUGGCAUCGAAAGCCUCCGAGUCUGGAACAGCAGAGGUCUCAACCGUCGCCCGAGAGAAAGACUCCGCUCAAAGCUCUGUUGAUGGUCCGUCGCAACCUGCGUUUGAAACCAAGGCAAGCCCCUCCGGGACUCCAAAGACCCCUAUUCCGCUCCCGACUUUCGUCCAGCAAACGUUUGGCGGCAAGCUCUCAAGCACGGUCGUGUGCUGCACGUGUGGCCAUUCUUCGUCGAUGGAGGAGCCGUUCCUCGACCUCUCGCUGCCGUUGCCGUCCCUGGGGGGGUCGAAAACGGCUGGCGCAGCACCCCCCCGGAAGGAGAAGUGGGCGGUUACACAGCGGAAGGGCACCGAGGCAGCCCGCAGGAAGAGCCAGGGAAAGGCGAAUAGCGAGGGGGUUAGCGCUAACCUGGGAGGGUCCGAGCACGGAGUAGGAGGAGAUGCAGAGAAAGCAGAGGAAGAUUUGAACCAGGGAAAGAAUGAUGAGGGUGUAGGGAGAGAAGAGAUAGGUGCAGAAGGAACAGAGGCUAGCGGCAAGCCAGAGACGGAGAGCUCUCAUGGGGGGCAGGAAGAGGGGAAUGGAGGGGGGGCAGUUGUGCCUGGUGAUGUUGGAGGGUUGCCUGCUGGGCUGUCAGAGAGUCGAGUUGCGGGGGCAGAACCAACGGAAGACAGUCGAGCGGGGACGAACGGUGAAACAGAAGUAGAGGGAACGGAAGAGAGUGAGACGUUAGGCCGGGGGCCGGAAGCGGGUGCCGAGGGGGUAGGAAAUGGUGCUGUCGUGGGGGGUGGGGAAGUAGCUGGAAAACUAGAGGGGGUGCAAGAGCCGAACGUUGAGGGGGGUGAGGAGGCACUAGUUGAGAGGGAGCGCAAGAGCUCCCUCGCUGAAAGUGCAGGAACUGGAAGCGCAGGGGAGGAUCGGAACGAUGAAAGCGCAGUGGCAGAAGGUACAGGGCACCAGAAAUCGAGCAAUACGGAAGUGGCCUCAGAAGGGCAGGCGAAGGUCGAGGCAAAGGGGAGUGCCGGCUCCAAUGAGAGGAAAACGAACGACAGUAGCAGGAGGGAAAGCGGAGCGCCGAAAGCAGAACGGGGUGCUUGGGCGGAGUGUGAUAGUUUGCCGGCGCCGGCGCUGAUGUCGGUGGAGGGGUGCUUGUAUAGUUUCACACGAGAGGAGGUUUUGGAGGGGGAGAAUGCGGUCACGUGCGAGAACUGCACCAAGCUUGCCAAAGAAGCAGCGACGUUGCGAGGGGAGGGGACGCUGUCGAGUAGCGAGGGGGGGGAAGAGUUGCCAGGGGGUAAGUUAGCGGGUGAGCUUGUGAGGGGGGGACUGUCUCUGAAGAUGGAAACGAGCAGCGUGAACGAGGAUGGGGUCGAAGAUAAAGUGGCGGUAGAAACAACUGUGCAGAGGGACCGUAUAAAAGAGCGCGUCGCUGGGGGAGACGCGAACGGGAUCGAGUCGAAGGGGCAGAAGAAUGAAAGCGGAAGCGGAAUGGCGGAAAAACAAGGCGAGCAUGCGACGGGAGGUUUGGCAAAUGGUGACGCCCUGGCGAGCGAGUUGGCAGCGCUGCGGUUGAACUCAAAGGAACAGGUGGCGGUUGCAAAUGAGGGGGUCGAAAUGGCAGGGGCUGGGCGGGGGAAGACCGAGCGAGCGGGUGAGGGGUCAAAGUCGGAUCGAGAGGGGUGUUCCGAGUUGAGCGGCGAAGAAGCGAAGAAGGGUGAUGCAAAGCAGGGCAGCGGGAAAGAGGGCGGUUCGGAAAGUCAAAAGAGGAUGGGAAAUGAGGAAACGAGAGAACGGGAAGACCAGGCAGAAAAGAACACGGAGGGGCGAAGUCCGGUGACGGAUGCAGCCGAGGCGGACACGUGUCAUCCGGAGGGCGCGAGCUGGGUAACGCCAGGCGGGCGAAGCCGCAGCGCGGGGAAGCCUAAAGAGUCUCGCGCGAAGCCCAGCAAGCAGCCUGCUCUCGCGAACGGCUACGCGUCCCUGGCAGACGCCGGCAGCGGUUCGGAUGCGGAGAGCAGUCCGACGGCGUCUGAGGGGCAGAACGGAAACGGAAGACGGAAAACGGAAACGGAAAAAGCGCCCGAGAGCAGGGAUGUUCGGAGGACGUCGAUUAAACGGUUCCUUGUGGCGGAGGCGCCGCCCAUUCUUACCGUGCACCUGAAGCGGUUCCGGCAGGAUGUGAAGGGGCGCCUGAGUAAGAUUGGAGGACACGUGGCGUUCGGGGAGUGGCUGGACCUGGGGCCGUAUUUGGACGGACGGAAGAGGGGCGCCAGUGCGGGAACGUCGCUGGAGACGCCCACAGCUCAACAGGAAGUCCUUCCAGUGACACCUCACCUGACACCUGUUGAUCGCCCACUCGCCGCCGAACACGGAAUCUCGUCAGCAAACCCAGCCUUGUCUGCAAAUGGUGACCGAAAAGUUGAGGCACGGUAUCGUUUGAUAGGCUGCGUUGAGCACAGUGGAAGCAUGCGGGGGGGUCACUACGUUGCUUACGUCAGAGGGACCGAUCGAGACGGCCUCUCGGCGGGUGAGCACGAAGGGGAAAGCGACACGUGGUGGCACAUCAGCGAUGCCCACGUGCGGAAGUUGAGCCUGGCCGCAGUGCUAAAGUGCGAAGCGUACCUGCUGUUUUACGAGAGGAUAGCCUGACAGCUGUGCCUUCAAGCGUUGAAUUGGUUGCGAACGGCUCCCAUCCGCGGUACUUCGGUCGCGAAAUGGAUGCAUGCUUCGUUUUCCUUAUUCCAACCCUCGUUCAAACGUACCUUUCCAAAUAAGAUACGUUGGUAGGCGCACUCACAAAUUGUGAUCUUGCGAAUUGAUCCCUUAUGCAAAGAAACUCAGCACAUGCUCGAAUUUG